GUGGCCUCCAAUAGCUGACCCAGGAGCUCAGUGAUCUCAUCAAGGAAACAGUCUUCUUUGUCUCCAUCUACCCCGCCCGCCACAGUUUCCAUCUGUUUUGUGCCUCCUACUCCUCUCAUGAGAGAAGGACUGACUGACUGGGAGUAGAAAUGGGGGCUCUGUGCUCCCCAUUCCCAUGUAGCCAAGAGACGGUUUGAUAUGGAAAGCUCUUACGGAAGAAUGAAGAUGAUCCCACCCCAGUAUCCAGUGUACCCCUUAUGUUCCAUUGGCACAGACUGACUUACCUGAUGUUUUCUGAAACAACCACUGACUUGGGAGAAGAAAUGGGUUUCCUUUUUCUAGAACUAAUAUUGGAUUAAUUUCACAGAAGCAUUGAUCUUUGGUAGUGAGAGAUGAAUACCUGUACGAACUCAAGAUUCUUCAGAGGAGAGAAAUCUGGUGAUGAACUUUUCAUGAUGCCUUCGAGGUGUAUCCUGACAUUGGAUUCCUCAUCCCCUUUACAUUGGGAGGACAUUGAUGUCACACUAAGUCUAUGGAAAUGCAAGACCUAGCAAGUCCCCAUGCCUUGGUUGGAGGCAGAGACACACCUGGGGGGUCCAAGCUGGAUAAAUCCAGUCUCAGCAGCACUUCAGUCACAACAAAUGGGACAGGAGUGUCUCUUCUUGCAGUCAAAACAGAGCCCUUGAACAGCAAUGAAACUGCACCCACGACCGGAGAUGGAGCGCUUGACACUUUUACUGGGUCAGUAAUAACGAGUAGCGGCUACAGUCCCAGAUCAACACAUCAGUAUUCCCCACAGCUGUAUCCUUCCAAGCCCUAUCCACACAUUCUUUCUACACCAGCAGCUCAAACAAUGUCCGCCUAUGCAGGCCAGACUCAGUAUUCGGGGAUGCAGCAGCCGGCCGUCUACACAGCCUACUCACAGACAGGACAGCCCUACAGCCUGCCUGCUUAUGAUCUUGGUGUGAUGUUGCCAGCCAUCAAGACAGAAAGUGGGCUUUCCCAAGCUCAGUCUCCAUUACAGAGUGGCUGCCUCAGUUAUAGCCCUGGGUUUUCUACCCCACAGCCGGGCCAGACACCUUACUCUUACCAGAUGCCAGGCUCCAGUUUUGCACCAUCAUCUACUAUUUAUGCGAAUAACUCCGUUUCCAAUUCAACAAAUUUCAGUGGCUCACAACAGGAUUACCCAUCCUACACAGCCUUUGGCCAAAACCAAUAUGCUCAGUAUUACCCAGCAUCCACCUAUGGGGCAUACAUGACGUCAAACAACGCAGCUGAUGGCACAUCAUCGUCCACCUCAACUUACCAGCUGCAGGAAUCUCUCCCAGGGCUGACAAGCCAACCAGGAGAGUUUGAUACGGUGCAGAGCCCCUCCACACCAAUCAAAGAUCUUGAUGACAGAACAUGUAGAAGUUCUGGGUCAAAGUCUCGAGGAAGAGGCCGGAAAAAUAAUCCCUCCCCACCUCCAGACAGUGACCUGGAGCGUGUGUUUGUCUGGGACUUGGAUGAAACCAUCAUUGUCUUCCAUUCUCUCCUUACUGGCUCCUACGCACAGAAGUACGGCAAGGAUCCCCCAAUGGCUGUGACCCUCGGGCUCCGAAUGGAGGAAAUGAUCUUUAAUCUUGCUGAUACACAUUUGUUUUUUAAUGACUUAGAGGAGUGUGAUCAAGUUCAUAUAGAUGAUGUUUCCUCCGAUGACAAUGGCCAGGACUUAAGUACCUACAGUUUUGCAACUGAUGGCUUCCAUGCAGCCGCAAGUAGUGCGAACCUUUGUUUGCCAACAGGUGUGAGAGGAGGAGUGGACUGGAUGAGGAAGUUGGCUUUUCGUUACAGAAGAGUAAAGGAAUUGUAUAACACCUACAAGAACAAUGUCGGAGGGCUCCUCGGCCCUGCCAAGAGGGAUGCGUGGCUGCAGUUAAGGGCAGAGAUUGAAGGCCUGACAGAUUCCUGGCUAACAAAUGCACUUAAGUCUUUAUCAAUUAUUAGUACUAGGUAA